ACCCACUUUGAGCGACCUGUCCCUUCCCCCAUCAGGCCAUCCCAAUGACCCGAUCAUCCUCCCUCGACGUCAAAAAUUUCUCGGUCGGCUGGAUCUGCAGCCUUCUGAUCGAGUACAUCGCCGCCUGCAACGUCCUUGACGAGAUCUACCCCGACACUACACAUGUCCUAUUAGGGAAGGGUGACUGCCGUGCUUACACACUGGGCCGAAUUGGGAAACACAAUGUCGUGAUAGUCUGCCUCCCAGCCGAAUCCCCAGGCGUGGUAUCCGCAUCCACCGUCGAAACAACCUUGCGAAUUACCUUCCCUUCAAUCCGUUUCUCACUCAUGGUCGGAAUCGCUGGCGCUGCGGCUGGGUUAAAAGAAGAUGUGCGACUGGGCGAUGUGGUCAUAGGGACUAGGAUUGUCCCGUACGAAUUCGGGAAAGUAACCCAUCAUGGGUUUCAAUAUACGGGACAUUGUCCCCGGCCGCCGGCUAUUCUUAAUAAUCGAGUGAAUCAUUUCAAGUAUAAAUCUCUACUUGAGCUGUAUAUUGGGCAUCUUGUUCAGGAUAAAGCGCGAUUGUUGCCUGUUCCGCUACGGCAUUUGUUUCGAAGACCGGAGUUGGAGGAUCGUCUCUAUAAUUCGGAUUAUGUUCAUACUACUGAAGACUGCGACUGCGAAAAAAUGAUGGUUUAUGAUUCGUCUCUCCUUGUUGCUCGAGAGCCUCGGCUGGGGCAAGAUGGGGUCAGAGUCCAUUCGGGGACCAUUGCGUCCGGGGAUAAGCUUAUCAAGAAUGCCCAAACGCGCAACGACUGGGGAAGCAUGUUCAAUGCACUAUGUUUUGACAUGGAGUCUGCGGGCCUGAGUAGAGGUUCGCUGACGAUCCGUGGCAUCGACAAUUAUUCCGACUCGCAUAAGUGCGACCGCUGGCAGGGCUAUGCUGCUAUGGCGGCAGCUGUUUGUGCGGCGGAGUUUCUUAAGAUGGUCCCAAUCAGUGAUAUACCCCAGGGUCAAAUUGAGAUCAUGGAUGAAGUCAGCAGGGUUAUGACGGCUUCGAUAAAGGAGAUGAAGUCUGUAUUGGAUAGUCUUCCCAGCCCGGGAAAUAAUAUGACAACUUUGAUGGCUGUGGAUCAGAGGCUAGGAGCCAUGGAGCAUCGCCUUGCUUUGCUAGAUACUCAGCAACGAUCGGCUAAGGCCCUUGAGACGAAAUUAGACAUGGUAUUGGAGAGAUUAAAUAAUCUGGAGAAAACUCAACGCCAAAUGCAGUCAUAUUUCAGCCAAGCGAACGCUAUUGACGGCGACGAUGAUAGUUUUCCCUAUAACCUCACCAGAGAAUGCCAGAUACCGAGCUUUGAGAUGGUGGAUAACAGUUCAGACCAAUCGUCCAAGCAAUCACUAGCGGGUUCGGACACAUUCUUCAAAGCUGAGCUAGCAUCUUCAGAUAUGCACAGGAUUGAAUUCGAGCGUUCCAUCAGGCCUACAAAGCCGUUACCGCCACCAAAGCCGAUCAGGUUUCGCUCACGUCCAAUAUGGGAAGAGGCGGUGCGUUGCAGUCCGGGUGGUAGUCUUAGAUUAUAA